AUGCGUAUCGCAGACUGGCUGACGGUGACGUGGGCGCAGAGCGGCAUGCAGCUGCAGCCGGCCGCCGCAGACGACUCUGACCCUGCCAGGAACCGAUGCGGACGAGCCGGCAGCUUGGCGGUCACGCCAGGUGAGCGGCUGCUCGAGCUGCUGCGGCCAAGCGCGGGGCCGGACGGGCCCCUCGCGCCCCGCCGACACUCUACCGCCGCGUGUGCGCCGCCACCGCGCCCCGCCGGCUUCGUCUACUGCCCCUCCGACGCGCUGCCCUACUGCCCGCCCUCGAGACUGGCGCCGCCCAGGCCACACGUCAAGGUGCUUGCAUACAUCAUCAUUAUCAGCAACAUUACAUUUUAUCUAUCCACUGUUGGACAUAUCCUUUCCAAGUUACCUCCGCCGCCGCAGGCGCCAACCGCCCAACCGCCACCGGUGCCGCAGCGCGUGUUACCGGUGCCCCCCGCGGCGGCCACGAUGCCAGUAUCAGCGAACCCCGCGGUGACGCCGGUGGCGUUGGCCGUGCCUCCACCCGCGCCGCCGCGCCGUUCAUCGCCGCAACCGCCGCGUCGCGUGCCCCCGCCUACGCCGCCGCGACCCGCGCAACCGGCCGUUCCGACAGACCCCAACGGCAACCGACGCACGGUGCUCCCAAUGGCGACACCGACACCUACGCCGACGCAGCCGGCACGUCUCGACUGCAACAAGAACCCGCAGCCGCCGCCCUUGAGAAGGCCGCCUCAAAAGAUGCCAGACACACCCUACAUACCGCCGCAGAACCAGAUCAAGCGUUCCCCGAGCUCCGGCUCCAAUAUCAGUGUCCGCCAAGAUUCCAACGUGUCCUCUGAUUCUUUUAGCCAGACUUCCUCGCCCUCUUACACCACAAAGACGAUGGAGACGCCGCUACUUCCGCAUCAAAACGCCAACAAGAGCCUGAAUGCUAAAAUAGCGCGCGGCUUGCUGCUGAAGGAACAACAAGACAAGGAGUCCGGGAGCAGCUCCAUAACGAAGAGUAUGUCGACGCCGGCCUCGCUGCAGACCAUCGUCAGGUUCCAGAACGGCAGCAACAUGUCGCUACACCACCGGAUGUUGCGGGAUAUGCGAGGCGCGGGGGGCGCUGCCGGCGCCGGCUCGGGCCACAGGUUCCGGCUGGCGCAGCUCGUGCUCAACGCCGUGGCUUUGCUCGCCAUUACCGUCGCACUCUUCGCUUAUUUCCGAGCCAACCCUGCCGUACAGUACGUAUCCCAAGUGGUGAACCGGUCGGUGAUAGUGCCGUGGCCGACGCCGGCGGAGCCCCCUGGCGCGCGCAACCCCGCGCCCGGCGUCUGCCUGCCCGUCAUCGUCACCUUCUGCCAUCAACACCGCAUCUCCUACAACUUCACCGUCUUCCCCAACUACAUCGGACACUUCGGACAGAGGGACGCUCAACAGGAUUUGGAGAUCUACGACGCUGUGGUGGACGUGCGGUGCUAUGAGCUGACGGCGCUGUUUUUGUGCUCGCUGUUCGUGCCCAAGUGCGGGCCGCUCGGCCACAUGGUGCGCCCCUGCCGCAGCCUCUGCCAAGAAACGAUGCGGCGUUGCGGGUUCUUCUUGGAAGUGUUCGGGCUAUCGAUGCCUGACUACCUUCAGUGCGAAAUAUUCCCAGAGUCCACGGACACCGACGUCUGCCUCGGUAACAGGGAGGUCAAGGAGGCACGGAUCAGGGCCGCCAAGCCGGUUUGUCCUAGCGGGUUCCAGUGCGACGUGCGGCGCUGCAUCCCGCACGACUGGCGCUGCGACGGGCACGUGGACUGCGCGGACCGCUCCGACGAGCUUAAUUGCCGCGUGUGCAAGCACGGCGCAGACCUGCACUGCGGCAACCAGCGCUGCGUCUCGCAGGCGCACCUCUGUGACGGCCGCGUCGACUGCCCCUGGGGACAGGACGAGAGGAACUGCUUGCGUCUGAGUGAGGCGACGGGUGAUGUCGGGCGCGGCGAGCUGCAGGUGUUCCGCGCCGCCAACCAGUCCUGGGCGCCCGCCUGCAUGGCCGCGCGUGCGCUCGACCCUCCCACCGCGCACAAGCUCUGCGCUAUGCUCGGAUACACUUUGGUGAACCGGAGUAGCACAGUGGGCGGCAUGGGGCGCGCGGGGCGCACGCACGCCCACCACGGCGCGGCGCAGUCUUUCCGCGCCUUCCAGCGACGCGAGGGCGGGCUGCUGCGCGAACUGAAGGACUGCCGACACGACUCAGCGCACAUACACCUCGUCUGCAACAACUAUGAGUGCGGCAAGCGUCGGACAAUAGGCGGUGGUACGAAGCGUAUAGUGGGCGGAGUGGAGGCCUCACCCGGCGACUGGCCCUUCCUGGCCGCCAUACUCGGCGGGCCCGAGGAGGUCUUCUAUUGCGCCGGCGUGCUCGUCGCCGACCAGUGGGUCCUCACCGCCUCGCACUGUGUCGGCAACCACUCCGACGUGAAUGGCUGGACGAUCCAGCUGGGCAUCACGCGGCGGCGCUCGCACGCCUACUAUGGCCAGAAGGUGAAGGUGCGCCGCGUCGUGCCGCAUCCGCUCUAUAACGUCGGCGUCGCGCACGACAACGACAUCGCCCUCUUCCAGCUGGCGGUGCGCGUGCGUUACCACGAGCAGUUGUCCCCGGUGUGCCUGCCACCGGCGCGGCGUGCGUUGCUACCCGGCACGCUUUGCACCGUCAUCGGCUGGGGCAAGCGUGACGACAAAGACAUGUCGGAGUACGAGCCGGCGGUGAACGAGGUGGAGGUGCCGGUGCUGAGCCGCGAGUUAUGCAAUCAGUGGCUCGAGCACCGCGACCUCAACGUCACCGCGGGCAUGGUCUGCGCUGGUUACCCCGAGGGUGGCAAAGAUGCUUGCCAGGGUGACUCAGGGGGCCCGCUUCUGUGCAAGGACCCCGAGGACCCAUCACGCUGGUACGUGGGCGGUAUCGUGUCGUGGGGCAUCAAAUGCGCGCACCCGCGGUUGCCCGGCGUCUACGCCUACGUGCCCACAUACGUGCCCUGGAUCCUGCGCCAGCUGCAACUUUACAACGACGACGACGCGCCCUCCGAGGACACCUAA